UGUAUUUAUAUCUAAUCUCUUAGUGUACUAAUGAAUAAUGGAAGCUGUGGUGGUAAUAGAGAACCAGCCACGAUUGCGAUUGAGAACCACAUCUCUCCGUUCUCCUCUUCCCUAUAAAAGCCACCGUCCCUUCCUCUCGCUCUUCCCACCUUCCAUAUCCAUAACCUCGACCUCUCUCCGAUUCGCAGCACCUUCCGGAGCCACCGUCAUUGGCCGCGUCUCGGCGGCUGAGCUUCGCAACAAACGCGCCCUGACCUCUGCUUCGUCUUCCCUGAGGACGGCUAUGGCGGCGAUUGCCGUGGAUUCGUUCGUCAUCGGGACAUUCUUCGCUUCCCUCCUCGCGUUCGUGCUUCUCUUCGUCGUGCGCCGGAGAAGCGCGAAUGGUGACCGGAGCAAGAAGAUCCGCGGGUCCUCCGGUGCCAGGAACGACGCCGUGCCGGUGGAUUCGGCGGCGGAGUUAUCUGGAUCCGGUACCGAUAUCAUCAUUGUCGGCGCCGGUGUCGCCGGAGCGGCUCUUGCUCAUACCCUCGGCAAGCAAGGAAGGCGAGUUCACGUCAUCGAAAGAGACUUAUCUGAGCCUGACAGAAUCGUGGGCGAAUUGCUUCAGCCGGGUGGUUACUUGAAGCUCAUUGAACUCGGUCUUGAGGAUUGUGUGAAGGAAAUUGAUGCCCAGCGGGUUCUUGGUUAUGCUCUCUUCAAGGACGGGAAGAAUACUCGAGUUUCUUACCCCUUGGAAAAAUUUGAUUCGGAUGUGGCUGGAAGGAGCUUCCACAACGGUCGGUUUAUUCAGAGAAUGCGUGAAAAAGCUGAAUCUCUUCCAACUGUCCGGUUGGAGCAAGGGGCAGUGACAUCAUUGAUUGAAGAAAACGGGACAGUAAAAGGGGUUCAAUACAAAACAAAGGACGGUAAAGAACUUAGAGCAUACGCCCCUCUCACGAUUGUUUGCGAUGGUUGUUUCUCAAACCUUCGUCGUUCUCUCUGCAAGCCGAAGGUGGAGAUUCCCUCUAAUUUUGUGGGUCUAGUCUUGGAAAACUGUCAACUCCCAUAUGCAAAUCAUGGGCAUGUUAUUCUCGGCGACCCGUCGCCUAUCUUGUUUUAUCCCAUCAGCAGUUCAGAAGUUCGUUGCCUCGUUGAUGUUCCCGGUCAAAAGCUUCCUUCCAUUGCUAAUGGCGAAAUGGCUAAGUACCUCAAAACACAAGUAGCACCCCAGGUUCCACCCGAGGUUUAUGAAACAUUCGUCGCCGCAAUUGACAAAGGCAAUAUUAGAACAAUGCCAAACAGAAGCAUGCCAGCUGAUCCAGUUCCUACUCCCGGAGCCCUUCUUCUGGGCGAUGCAUUCAACAUGCGCCAUCCAUUAACCGGCGGUGGAAUGACGGUCGCGCUGUCAGAUAUCGUCGUUCUACGGGAUCUUCUCAGGCCGCUUCGUGACCUCAAUGAUAAAGAGCAACUUGCUAAAUACCUCGAAUCCUUUUACACCUUGCGGAAGCCGGUGGCAUCCACCAUCAAUACUUUGGCGGGUGCUCUUUACAAGGUUUUCUUGGCGUCCUCCGAUGAUGCGAGAAUGGAAAUGCGUGAAGCUUGCUUCGAUUAUCUCAGCCUUGGAGGCGUUUUCUCGUCUGGUCCAGUGGCAUUGCUAUCGGGUUUAAACCCUCGCCCUCUGAGUCUUGUUCUCCACUUCUUUGCUGUGGCUGUCUAUGGCGUCGGUCGUUUGCUCGUGCCGUUUCCUUCGAUUAAGCGCUUCUGGAAGGGGGCUAGAUUAAUCUCGAGUGCUUCGGGCAUAAUCUUUCCGAUAAUCAAAGCCGAGGGAGUGAGGCAAAUGUUCUUCCCUCGUACUAUCCCCGCUGUGUAUCGAGCUCCCCCCCGUCAAUGAUGCAUUCGGAAGAUCAAAGCCAUCGUAGCAAAGGCUUUCACCUCUAGACCGCUCUUGUAACUUAUCUGAAUAAUAAUGUCGUUUGGUUUGUGGAAGUGUUAUUUUUUUGGUUUAAAGUGUAACAUUAGCUCAGGUUAAUGAAUCGAAGUGUGAAGUGUAAGAAAUGGACAAAAGAUCAAAGUAAAGAUACUGUUGUGUUA